UUUUAAAAAAAUUAAAAUUAGUAAGCAGGGCCUGCCUUUAAAGCACCCGCAGCGCAAUUAGAAAUCGCCUUAUUCAAAUCCUCGUGAAGAAAUGGAGAAAAGAAGGUGAAUUGAAGAGACUGGGAAUGGGAAGAGAAGCGGAGGACGAAGCAGACGAAAGGAGAGAAGCGGCGAUUGCAUCUGUGGCCGCUUUACGCCCCAAUUUCAAGCCCAAAAGUCGCCUCACUGAGGCCCAGCUCUCCAAAUUUCAGGAACUGCACAGGAGGCGUUUGCAAAUCAAAGCCAAAUCUAAAGUACAUAAAAGAGAUAAAGGCAAGUUGCAGAAGACGGCUAUUGAAGGCCGUAGCAAGUCACAGAAGAUGGCUAUUGAAGACCGUAACAAUGAGGACCAAGAACCAAGUAAACCCAUUGAAGAUGCUAGCAGUGUUCCAAUGCCGAAUAACAGAGUGGCGGAAACCUCUUCUAUGGAAGAAGGCCGUGUAGCAGGGAACUCAGCAGCCAAAAAGCGCCAAAAGUUAUACUGGGGGCUUGAUACAAAGGAGCGAUGGGAACGGAAGUCCAAUAUGUGAAAAUAUCACCAGGUCAUAUGAUGUGAAUUCUUUUCUGCUUCAGUCUCGGGGGGAAAGGAGCAGCAGAUUGAGAUGCUCACUGCAUACAUAUCUUCGUCUGCUCCAAAAAGAUGAUAUCGAACUUCACCUUUUCAAUGGUUACUGUGAACCAUCCGCCAGGCCGUAUAUUUUCCAGCUAAUGGUGAAGGGAAAUGUGAAUACGUAAGGUAAAUUUAACAGUCUUUGAGAGAAACAGUGACCAGGGUCCUGCAGCCUGUUUAGAUGAUUUUGCUCUAUGUAUAAGGUGUAGCAGCACCAGGAACAUUCUCAAUUCAUUGCGGUUAUUUCUCAUUUAAGUCGGCAAGGUUUUGCUGAUUAAGGAUGCAGUUAGCCUCCGUCUGUAAUUGACUAUUGUUUACAAUAUGUUCUUGUGAAGUUUUUCAUUUGGCACUUUUCAGUUUAUUUAUAUUUGUCAAUGAGUCGCUCAACUGAGUAUUUCUAUGUAUGAGAUUUCUGCUGAAUCAUUUGUAUCUUUGUGGAA